AUGGCCCCUCCGAGGAGCAUAAAGGAGGUCCAGCGGCUCACGGGUCGGAUGGCCGCCCUGAAUAGAUUUCUCUCGCGCUCAGCGGUGAGGGGGCUACCCUUCUUUCGGAUCCUGAAAGCGCCUAAGGAUUUUCAAUGGACUGAAAAAUGCCAGAAAGCCUUCACUGACCUGAAAGCGUAUCUAGCCGAGCUACCCACCCUGACCCCCCAGGAGCAGAGGGAAACCUUGUUCCUAUACUUGUCCACUUGCAGCGAGGUCGUUAGCGCGGUUCUGGUCCGGGAGGAUAGGAGGGCUCAGAAGCCAAUAUACUAUGUCAGCCGAGCUUUACAGGGGUCGGAAACGCGGUAUACACCGGCGGAAAAAUUGGUCCUUGCCCUGGUGCACACCGCCCGGAAACUCCGACCUUACUUCCAACCCCACAGUAUUGUAGUCAUGACCGAUCAGCCCUUGCGACAGAUACUCACAAAACCUGAGGUCUCGGACAGGAUGACCAAGUGGGCCGUCGAACUGGCCGAGCACGACAUCGGCUAUCAGUCUCGCACUGCUAUCAAAGCUCAGGCCCUGACAGACUUCCUUGCUGAGGGAGCAAGUUUGUCCAUGGCUGAGCCAAGCUCUCCGCCCAAGGAGGCACGGCCGGAAGAGCCGUGGGUACUAUUCGUAGACGGGGCCUCGGGUAAGGAAGGAAGUGGGGCCGGCCUGCUGCUCACCUCGCCGACUAGGGAAGAGCUGACCUACGCGCUCAGAUUCGACUUCCCGGCAUCCAACAAUGAGGCUGAGUACGAGGCCCUAUUGACGGGAUUGCGGAUAGCCCACCAGAUGGGUAUAACCGCGAUCAAAAUCCGGAGCAACUCUCAACUCGUGAUCCACCAAGUCCGCGGGGAGUAUGAGGCCAAGGAGGACGUCAUGAAAAAAUACUUAGUUAAGGUACGAGAGGCAAUAACCCUGUUCGAUGCCUUUGAAAUCGAGCGAGUGCCGAGAUCACAGAAUAAGCGCGCGGACACCCUGUCGAAACUUGCGUCCUCCUCGUUUGCUCAUCUGAGUAAGGAAGUCUUGGUAGAUGUGGUCAAGCAAAAAAGCAUUGACCAGAUCCGGGUCUUUGCUAUAGCCAGCCCGGCCUCCUGGAUGACUCCCCUUGUGGAUUUUCUCGGCUCAGAUGUCCUUCCCGGGGACAAAAUCGAAACUCGUCAACUCCAGUUCAGAACUGUUAGGUACACCUACGCCGGGGAGACCCUAUACAGGAGGUCGUAUCUAUCUCCCUGGCUAAAGUGCGUGACUCCUGAGGAAGGCGACUAUGUCCUCCGUGAAGUUCACGAAGGCUUAUGUGCGGCACAUGUGGGAUCCCAGGUGUUGGCCAAAAAGUGCCUUCUCUAG